AUGCAUGAGGGUGAGUUUUUGGAUUCAUGCCAAGUGUGUUGCACAACUUGUGAAUCUGGAACUCCUGUGAGUGUGUGCCCAGGGCAGGCUGUGAGGUCCCAGUCGUGGGUGUGCAUUUCCUGGGAUUCUGGUGGAAUAACUACACAGGAAACCGUGGUCGUUGCACAGCCUCCCAAGUCACCUUCUGUCUACACUUUACCUAAAAGUUACCCCAGAUACUGCCCCAUUUCAGGAACUCGCCACCUUCCUUCUCUUGAUCCCAGCAUACUGGUGAAUGCAUUUGAAAACGGCCAGCUUCCACCAAGUAGUGUUCUGGUACUUCAGAGGUUACCACUUGGUUUAGCCUCUCCAUAUCUGUCCAUGUAUCCCAUUACUUCUGCACUCACUCUACCCGUGUACCCUCCAAAUGCCCAUAAAUAUCCACCCCUUCCUAGAUGGCAUCAAAUUUCAUUUUAG